AAUAUAUAUAUAUAAUAACCAAUAUGAUACUUUGUAUAUAUUUUUUAUUACUAAUAACCUAUCAAAAUACGUACAUAUCACAUGUUUCUAAAAUUUAAAAAUUAUUUAAUUGGAAAAUAGUGUGUUAUUGCAAUAUAUAUUUCGAAGAAAAGCUUAGACCAGCUUAGUAAAACAAAAACCGAGCGAAGAAUUAUAUAUAUAUAAAAAUGUCGCAGUCACCAUCAUCAUGUAAGUUUUUAAUAUUUUUUUCUUUAUUUAGUUUUUAUUAUUAUAUAUAUUUUCAAAAUGGUAUAACAUAUAAAACUUUUUCAGUUUUUAAUUUAUUACAUAUAUUUUAAAAGAACCUAACAUAUAAAAUGUUAAUGAUUUUCCAAGACCUUACUCAUAAAUAUCUAUUUUUAAUUUACAUAUUUUUAAAAUGGCCUAUAUAAAAUUUUAAUGAUUUUCCAAGACCUUACUCAUAAAUAUCUAUUUUUAAAAGGGUCUAACAUAUAAAACUUUAAUGAUUUUCCCCAUAUAUAUAUAUAUUUUUUGGUUUUUCCUUUUCAGACUUUUCAUUAGCUGUAGAUUUCGCCCGGGAUAUUAUGGGCGAUUUUUAUCCGGGGGAGGAUUUUGGUUUCAUUGUGGUACCACAACCACCACCCGGGCCAAUACCCCAACCACCAUUAGUGUGUGUAUGGAAUAACAGAGUAGGGGGAAUAAAUCUAACCAUGUGGGUAGAUUAUAACGACACUGACAGAAAAAACUGAAGACGUUGAAAAUAAAGACGUUGAUUUGAACAACAUAUUUUUGGAAGAAUUGACGAAUGACUCUAUUUCUAUUUCAAAAUUUGAGGAGUCAUUAAUACAGAAUAGUAAAUUUAAUAAUUCUAAUAAUAGUGAUGAAAAUAAAGAAAUUGAUAAUUUUAGUGAACUAAAUUUAAAUCGGUAUUUGAAGAUCCAUUGCGAUUUCAGUCAAGUCUCACAACAAAAGCGAGCCGAAGAAUUAAACCAAAAUCAAUUCAAAACCCCAUAUAUUUUAAAUCAGAUGGUGGCGCAGUUUUGCUGUACAUGCAGCAAAAUGCUCUGUUUUUGUCCUGUGUGCACAAAGGCACACAGUGUUAAAAUACCCAAACUAUACUGCAUUGAAACUCAACCAAAGCCUUAAACAUACAAAUUUUACAGCCAGUUCUCCACAAGUCUUGUCAGAUGAGAUUCUCAAAUGGCGUGAAUUUAAAACAUGCCCAGCAUUCAAUUAUGAAUGUGAUAGACUACUAUCAGCAUUUCUCAUAGAGGUUAGGGUGGUGGGGGAUUCUUUCCUGAUUGGUUAUAGAAGAUGUAAUGAGGGAGGUCCACAGAACCGUCAUCUGAUAUAGCUGGAGAAGUGUCUGUGGAGAAAUCGGCAUCCACACUACCACCAGGACCUAAAAUAAUUAUUCACCAAGAUGUAAUUAUUUUACAGGCGAUCCCGCAAAUACCAGCCACCAACAUCGAGGACAUGCUGCGAUAUCGAAAAUUAUUCCGACGUCGCCAAUCCAAGUCGAAGCUUUUCAAGUCUACAAACAACACCCUUCCACAUCGAAAGCCCGCCAGAACAAACCUGCUAGCCAUCAGCAGGUAUUGAAGCAGCAACCGCCAUCGAUCCCGCAAAUCGACAAGCAACGCCCUUCAACGUCAAAAGCAGCCCAUGUCGAAGCUUCUCAAGUCUACAAACAACGCCCUUCCACAUCGAAAGCCCCCCCGAACAAACCUGGUAACCAUAAGCAGGUAUUGAAGAAGCAAAGUUCGACAUCGAAAAGAAAGAGACGACCCCAAAAAAUAACGAUACCCGGAAGGGAAUUUUGGAGUCGGAAAAAAUAUGCUGAAAUAUUGAGAAAUGACCCGGAUAUUAUCUCAAAAUAUAUAACAACAACAAACAAUAAGUGUUACGCGUGGAAACAUGGUGCGAACCCCAAAGUGUUAUGAAACAAUCCCAAUUUUAUUAAUCGACCUUUUAUAAAAGAAUUUCCCAAUGCAGAGUCGCGAAGCGCGUGAGACAUCGGAAAUCGAGCGGGAAACAUAAAUAAACAAAUUCGAACAGUGCGGAGUGCGUAAGAUUAUCGAGAUUCGAAAAAGACAAAGAAAAUACCUAAUCAGCAGAAUUGAAUGGGGACAAGGGGAAAGGGAUAGGUUUGGGUUCGGCAUCGGUUCGGGCGUGAUUCGGGAGGAACCCGACAAAUUCGCUGACCAAGCACGGACGUUCAUUAAAAGUAAAGUGCGGCGAGAAAAAUCUUCAGUUCUGCCUUAUCCGAGUUAAAAAAUAAUAAAAAAAAAAGAAAUCCAAAAAUGGAGUGGAUCGUAAUAAUACUUACAUUUAUCCGCCGCGUACCCGACUGGGGUAUUAGAGACGUAGUGUAUCGGGCGGCCCUCUACCAUUUGGUAUGGCUCCACAAUAUAUUGGACCAAGAAUAUAAUAAUUGGGUGUUCCGGGCGUACGUGGCCCUUUUCCUGGACCUAGUACAUGUAGAAUACCGAGCUUUUACAGUGUCGUUGGCCCAGCGGGAGGGACGCCGCCCUCAAAUUACUUGCGCGUGUGCCAGAUGCCAACAGGCACCAGCUUCUAUGUACCAACCCUAUUUCUAUUGGAACUUACUCAAAUCACUGGGUGUGCCUAGUUGUAACUGCGCUGUGUGCAAGAUAAGACACCAGUUCUGCCCUCUCAGCAUGCCCCCGACGCCGACCUCCCAACCUCAGCCGUCUCAAAAUCCUACUCCAUCGCCAGCCUCAAUUGAAGUAUUGUUCCAACCAACGACAACUGAGGUCGCACGUGAGUCCAUACCUAUCGGACAUGGGCGUCCCGCACCAGAAAUACAUUCCCCACCGCCUGGACCUUCCAGCGUCAGGAGGCGAAGGGCUCUCCCAGCCCUUAAUUCCAGCGGCCAUGAACCUUCCCGUGAACCAGCAUCCCCCGGCGACAGCAACAACUACGGCCAAUGGCGAAUAACCACCGAUGGCCCUCGCUUGAUUUUCAGGCGCCAAAACCCGGAAGAGUUGCCGCAGGACGAGGAGCAGCCAAAGUGCGAAAAACCGGAGUGAAUUAGGUGAUCUGAGUGAGUGCCGGGUACCAUGUUAAUUAUUAGUAUUAGAAAAAGUAUUAAAAAUCAUAAUUUUAAAUAUAGCAGAACUUAAUAAUCUAAAAUUAAAUGAAAAAAAAAA